AUGACUUCCCAGCCAUUGACUAAGAUUCGUCUGCCUCAUCCUUACCUGACUACCUAUAAUGUCACUCCUUCCAAUGCAGUAAAGGAAACCAGUUCCUUUCAAUUGCGCAAAGCUGAGGGGGAAGCGAAACCUUUCCCCCAAGCUUUGCACAAUGAGAACCUCUUCUUCACGGCGCCACAGCCUGUGAAUCCUCAAACAGCGGUCCCAGUAUCAAACAAUACCGCCUGGGCCCGCGCCCAGCGAAGCCCAUCGGCUAUCGCGCGCUGGCAAAACAGCACCGCCCCUUCAGUGGGCCAGAUCUGGCUUUAUCUGUACACGAUGUUCACCGUGCAGCAAGACCUAGAGACCUUCCGCCUGACACUGCAAGGUCCCAAUGCCGAGGGUCUCGCACACGCGCUACGCGUGUCAAUGGUCGCAACAGAGCAUCCAGCUCCCGUCAGCGCCAAGAUCCCCUUCACAGCUACACCAAACGAACUGCUCAUUCUCCGCAGCGCGUUCUGGCAAGGCGCUGCCUCCCCACUGGGCUCUCAGCCCAUCUGGCUCCCAUCGUGGAACCCAGCAGCCUCAGUGCCCCUCCUGGACUGGACAAUGACAUCAACGGAGACAUCACACAGAAGACACCCCCGUCGUCACCCUAAGCCAACACCCGGCUCUGUGGUGUACAGUCGGUACAUCCCAUUCUUGGACGAGCACUUCUCGCUCGUUGCCCUUGAUUACAGAAACCCAGAGCAUUUGAACCUCUUCCAUACCUGGCAGAACGAUCCUCGCGUUGCUGCCGGAUGGAAAGAAACCGGAACCCUCGACGAGCACCGCGAGUACCUACGUCGACAAGACGAGGACCCGCACACGCUGACUGUGCUGGGUCGAUUCAACGAUGAGUUCUUCUCUUACUACGAGAUCUUCUGGGCCAAGGAGGAUAAUGUGGGUGCGCAUUAUUCCUCAGGCAACUUCGACCGCGGGCGUCAUACACUCGUCGGUAAUGAUAAGUUCCGUGGUCCUCAUCGUGUCAUGGCUUGGUGGCCCAGCAUGAUUCACUAUUGCUUCCUUGAUGACUGCCGCACGGAGGAUGUCAUCGGUGAACCUAUGAGCACCAACGAUAAGGUGCUGACUUAUGAUUACACAUUUGGUCUGCAUCAAGAUCAGGUCAUUGAUCUCCCUCAUAAGCGGGCUAGCUUGGUCAAGGUUACUCGUGAGAGAUACUUCCAAUUGUGUCCUUUCAACCAGGUCAGCCCGCAUAUUGCAGGUACAGGCCUUGGCUUCAAGCCACGUUUGUAA